AACGCGCGGGGCUGCCGCUGGAGAUUCUAAACCAACGGGUAUUUUGGAUUCUAACUGAUCCCCGCACGUCAACGGCUGUUUUUCUCCUUACCCCCUUUUCCCCCCAGUUUGUCUCCGCCGUUGAAUGGACGGUGUUUGACAGCUUAACCGAGAGGAAUACGACCUAUCCACCGGUGGGAGAGGUGGUGGUGGAGGGGGGAGGUCUUCAGAGGCAGACAGGUGGAUUUAUCUGUGUGGUGGUGGUGUUUUCGGGGAAACUAGAUGGAGGAAAAAUUGAUGGAUUAAUUUGACGGAGGAGAGUCGUAUGCGAUUCCCACUCCGAGGGCGCCCGAAUGGAGUAACAGGCUGCAAUGUCAUCUCCACCUGGCCGCCUGGAGAGAUGUGUCACGGGAAUGGGAUCAAGUUUGAACACUUUUCCUCUGGUUUCACUGACGCUGUGAGAAAGAACCAAAAUGCCAAUAAAUGGACAAGUCAUGGUGGCUGCCCGCACUGGCCCUCGCACCACGGCAGUAAAGCUCAUCAUUCAUCGCGUGGACUCCAAAGAAGAAGGCGCAAAAGCUCCGCAACCGCAAACCUGCAGCAGCCACGCUUUGUGACACCGAAGGGUAUGAUGGGUGUAGUGGGCUGGAUGUUGCUCCUACUCUCCCAAAUGACGGCGUCUGUGGCAUCCCAGAAGCCUCCGGCACUUAGUGUGGGUGUGAUAAUGGGCCAGACACGUCUUGUUACCGAUCAAGAUCUUCAGUUAUCUCGGCGCCCAGACGAUGCCCUUGAUAUCUCUGUGGCAGUACUGAGGAUCAACGAGACAGACCCAAAGUCUGUGAUUACACAGGUGUGUGAGCUUCUGUCACACACUCGUCUCCAUGGCAUCGUAUUUGCUGAUGGCACCGAUCAGGAAGCCAUUGCCCAGAUCCUUGACUUCCUUUCUGUUCAGACACAACUUCCAGUCCUGGGAGUCCACGGGGGUUCCUCUAUGAUUAUGGCUGACAAGGAUGAGAAGUCCACGUUCUUCCAGUUCGGCGCAGCACUGCAGCAUGAGGCCCAGCUCAUGCUUGCUAUUAUGGAGGAGUACGACUGGCAUGUUUUUUCUAUCGUCACUUCAAAGUUCCCUGGGUAUCAGGAAUUCAUCAGCACACUGAGGAUACAUGUGGAUCACAGCUUUGUGCGCUGGGACCUGCAGAGUGUGGUGACUCUAGAUGCUGUAGAAGGCGACCCAAACUCUAAAUCACACAUUGCCCUCAAGAGGAUCCAGAGUCCUGUUAUACUGCUAUACUGCUCCAAGGAUGAGGCUGUGUAUAUACUAGAGGAAGCUCGGUCCUUGGGCCUGAUAGGAGCUGGUUACAUCUGGAUCGUGUCCAGUCUCACCACUGGCAACCCAGACUUUACCCCUGAGAUGUUUCCCCUGGGGAUGAUCUCUGUGUCCUAUGAUGACUGGGAGUACCCACUGGAGACGCGGGUGCGGGAUGGGGUGGGCAUCAUCUCCGCUGCUGCCACCUCCAUGCUGCGGGAGAAGGGGGAGCUGCCUGAGGCCCAGAGCAGCUGCUACAGCACACCGUCAGACAGGAGCCCGGGGAAGCUCCCACCUAGUGCCCUGCGCAGACACAUGAUGCAUGUGUGGAAUGAAGGGCGAGAUCUGUCGUUCAAUCCAAAUGGUUACCAGGCCAACCCCAAAUUGGUUGUCAUCGUCCUGAAUAGUGAAAGGAAGUGGGAGAAGAUGGGCCGCUGGGAAAACGCGACGUUGUCGUUGAUGUUCCCUGUGUGGCCGAGGUAUAACUCCUAUGGGGAUGAGGACGCAGAUGAAAACCAUCUCUCUAUUGUCACUCUGGAAGAAAAACCUUUCGUCAUUGUCGACAAUGUGGACAUCCUCACUGGCACCUGCAUGAGAAACUCUGUGCCCUGCCGCAAACAUAUCAAGGAUAACAGCACAUUAGGAGGUGCCUACAUUAAGCAGUGCUGCAAGGGUUUCUGCAUUGACAUUCUGAAGAAGAUAGCAAGGAUUGUCAAGUUCAGUUAUGACCUCUACCUGGUCACAAAUGGAAAACACGGAAAGAAGAUCAACAACGUGUGGAAUGGCAUGGUUGGAGAGGUGGUAUAUAAGAAGGCAGCAAUGGCAGUUGGUUCACUGACCAUCAAUGAGGAGAGGUCAGAGGCCAUUGACUUCUCCGUGCCCUUUGUGGAGACUGGCAUCAGCGUCAUGGUGUCUCGUAGUAACGGGACCGUCUCUCCUUCUGCCUUCCUUGAGCCCUUCAGUGCAUCAGUUUGGGUGAUGAUGUUUGUGAUGCUGCUCAUUGUCACAGCCAUCGCCGUCUUCCUUUUUGAGUUUGUCAGUCCGCUGGGCUUCAACCGCAACUUGGCCCAAGGCAAAGACCCACAUGGUCCAUCGUUCACCAUCGGUAAGGCCAUAUGGCUGCUGUGGGGGCUGGUGUUCAACAACUCUGUGCCCGUGCAGAACCCAAAGGGCACCACCAGUAAGUUCAUCGUAUCAGUCUGGGCCUUCUUUGCCGUCAUCUUCCUGGCCUCCUACACUGCCAACCUGGCUGCCUUCAUGAUCCAGGAAGAAUUUGUGGACCAAGUCACAGGACUGUCUGACAAGAAGUUUCAGAGUCCAUACUCCUAUUCCCCUCCAUUUCGCUUUGGGACUGUUCCUAAUGGCAGCACCGAGCGUAACAUCAGGAAGAACUAUCCAGAUAUGCAUCAGUACAUGACAAAAUACCAUCAGAACGGCGUCCAGGAUGCGCUGAUCAGCCUCAAGACGGGAAAGCUGGAUGCUUUCAUCUAUGACGCUGCCGUGUUGAACUACAUGGCCGGCAGAGAUGACGGCUGUAAGCUCGUGACCAUUGGCAGCGGUUACGUCUUUGCCACCACAGGUUAUGGUAUCGCCCUGCAGAAAGGAUCCUACUGGAAGCGGGUGGUUGAUCUGGCCAUACUAGGCAUCAUAGGCGAUGGUGAGAUGGAGGAGCUGGAGUCCCAGUGGCUGACUGGGAUUUGUCACACUGAAAAGAACGAGGUGAUGUCCAGCCAGCUGGAUGUGGAUAACAUGGCAGGGGUCUUCUACAUGCUGGCCACAGCUAUGGGACUCUCUAUCCUCACCUUCAUCUCUGAACACCUUUUUUACUGGAGGCUGAGAUACUGUUUCACUGGUGUCUGCUCUGGGAGGCCAGGUCUGCUCUUCACUAUCAGCAGGGGUAUAUGGAGCUGUAUCCAUGGCGUUCAUAUAGAUAUGAAGAAGAAGACUCCUGAGCUGGACUUUAGCCCUCAAGCCAACAUGCUGCACCUUCUCAAGUCUGCCAAGUCCAUUGCUAUGUCUUCUCCUAAACGCAACACUGUCCUCUUGCAGCCUAGCAUCCUAGAUAUGAUGUCAGGGAAAGGUAACUCACUCCAUAGUCUGCCUCCAAAGGGUCCUGGUCUCUAUAGCAACACCACAGGUCCGCAGGGCUUCCUGUCAUUGUCCGGGCGGCACAAAGCCCUCCUUAACAAUGCUGCGCCAUUUCCCGGGCAACAAAAAGCCCCUGCCCACCAGACCAGCCCCAACAAACCUCAGCUGUCAAUCACCAAUGAUAAUGGUAAGACCCGCCUCACCGCGCCACCCGCAUCAAAACCUCGAGCCCUGUGGAAGAAAAGUGUGGAGACACUGAAGACCCAGCCUUCUGUCAUAUCGCCAAGCCCUGGCCCAAGCCCCUCCUCAGCAUCUGGACCUGGACCUCCACCAAUGAAAAGCCAGCGCUACCUGCCUGAAGAGCCACUACACUCUGAUAUCUCAGAGUGCUCCAGUCGGCCGCAGUCACACAAAGAUUCUGACUCUUUGGCAGCGAGAAGUGGAUUUAAGUCUAUCAAUCAGCUAAGGAAGAGGGGUGGGGGAGGAGGUGGGAGUGGGGGCGGAGGAUCCAAGAUCUACUCCAUUGACUCAGACCAGGCCAGUCUUCAGUCCGCUCCCCCCUACCAGCGAGACAGCCAGGGGGGAGGCGAUGACCACAGUUACCCCCCUGAUCUGUUUCCACCUGAGAGCACAUACUCACACACUUACACACAGUCCCACCAGGGGGACGCACCCAUUUUGCAAUUGAGCGCCAGCCUGCUGCAUCACAGUCACAGCGCUGAGGCUGACCUACACUCCCUGAAGGACAAGAAAUACAGCACCUACACACACAGCAGUGUGAAGGACAAGGCUGCAGGUUCAUUAGAUGUUCCAGGUGCUGGUCUGGGGACCCAAAGUGUGAGGCCCAGUCACUGUCGCGCCUGCCUGACCAAGCUAAGCGGUUACUCCGGCCUGUACACUGUUCGCUCACCGCAGGUUCGGUGCGAUGCCUGCGCCCACCUGGGAAACCUAUACAACAUUAGCGAAGACCACCUCCACUCACACUACUCCCACACACACACUCACCCACACAGUGGGGACAUGUUUACACACUAUCUUCCACAGAGCGAGCUGGGCCUGGUGGGCGAAGGGGACGGGCUUAUCAGCCACUUCGAGCCCUCUCCUCCAUCUCCAAUCCCCACUUCCUCGUCGGCCCAGGACCUCCAGCUGAGCCGUCAGCACUCCUAUGAAAACGUGCUUCCAGACGGCACUCCAGAGCUGCAUUUGCAGCCACAUGCCCACAUGCGGGGUUUGAGCCUGCCUGACAGAGAUAGGGAGAGAGAGCUUACCCUGGAUGAGGGGGCCUAUGCUAAUGUUCUCACAAUGCGCUCUGAUCGUCCAUUCAGCAGUCGCAGCCCUCCCUCCCCGUCACCCUCCCACCACCACAGUCUGGACACCCCAGUGCCCCAUCCUCGGCGUUCAAAGAGUCUCUUUCCUGAUCGGCCUUCUCACAACCCUUUCCUCCAUUCAGCCCCUGGCACGACACAACGAGAUCCUGCCUCCCAGGCUGUCACACGCAUGCCGCAGAGAAAUUCCGCCCACGAGGUCUAUAAACAACGAAUGCCGCUGUCACAUACCCUCGGUAACCAUGGCAGCCACCACAUCAACCAGCAUGGCAGCCAUGUUGACCAACAGGUGUUCUACCCUCAGCAGGAGCCCCCUGUGGUGGCCUACAUGGUCCCACCUGCUGCCGCUCAGCCAAUGAGCUAUGUGACAGCACCUCGAGCCUCGAGUGCAGGCGGCAACCGUCCCCGGCUGUACCGCCGCAUGCCGAGCAUCGAGUCUGAUGUCUAACAGUCACACACAACACAUUUACUCUCACCAAAACACACUAAACACACGCAUGCGAGAAAGAGGUGUGUGUGGCCGGAUCGGGCAGCUUUGAUUCUAAGCACACAUAUAGAAACACACAGACGCACAGGUCAAAGACAAGAGUGUCCAUCUGGACUCAAAGGUUAAUGGUGAUGCUAAAUAAAUACAAUAAAUCAUGGUUUCUUAAUCACACCCUCUAGAGGGCUGAGAUGGGAUCACAAGGACAUCCGGGGGCACAGUCCAAAAUAAAGCAUGUGUGUCAGUUUGUGUAUUGGCCUCAAGAUGUGGGCAACAACUGGCAAUACCUCUGACUAGACAGAUCGAAAUCCUGGUAGAAUAAGAGGGACACAAAAUCCAACAGUGGGAUCUAUGAAAGAUACAGUGGAGUGUUUGGAAGAUGAGCCACCUUGUCCUGCCCUCUCACCAGCCUCUUGGAGAUGGAGACACAGAAACCCACCUUCUUUCUGAGAUUACACACGCACACACACACACACACACACACACACACACAGUCCAACUAAACACAGCCACCCCUCUCCAGGACUUUCUUGUUGCACUAUGAUUUCUAUCAUCAACCCGUAUGUUAUCUGAGCCUCCAAACUGCACUGCCAGCAUGGCUUAAAGAGUAGUAAACUACACUAGAGUAAUCCUUGACUUGAAUGGAAAUGACUAUCUAUGUAAUAGAUGAGACUGGAAGGCUUGCAGCUGGUCAGGACACAGGUCUGAGAAGUAUCAGCUCCUGCCCACAGAUAUUCAAGCACUCGAACACUCACACACACUGUGUCUGUUUUUAUGGGAGAAGUAGAAAAACUACCAACUGUGUGUUAUUGUUGAUGUCAGUUAAUUGAACAUUCCAAAAAAGUGGACCAAGCACGUCCACAAGUAAAUGCCUCUCAGGAUGAGAGUGUGUGUUCUAGUGUUUCUACAUCUGGAGGCAUUCAGCACAGCAUCCUUGCUUCCUGUCUUAGCUAGCCUUCAGGUCAUACUGCAUGCUUCCUACUGCCCUGUGUUACAGUUACACUCCUAUACAGGGUCAUAUAUGCACACACACACACAUAUAUAUAUAUAUAUAAAUAUAUAUAGAUAUACACACACACACGCACAUACGCAGUAGUAUAGGAUAGUAGUGUAGGGUGGGUGUGUGAUGAGGCUAUGAAAUAGCUUCUGUUUGUGCACUUUGUAGUUUUUAUAUCCUGCCACCUAACACAGACGUUUGACCAAAAACACUUUUAUACUGAAAAAUCUGAAUAUUCUCAGUCAUUCGCUAGAAAGAUGUUUUCUUUUCUGUUAUUUCUUUUUGAUAUUGGGUUUUAGGGCACCCUUAAUGGCACAGCUCUGUUGGCUUCCAUCGUGAGGUCAGAUGUUUCGUUAGAUUAUUAUCAUGCAGUAAACACAACACCAACUUUUAAGCUUUCUCUCUUUUUAAACUUUUCCUGUGCACAUCCCUUCUUCCAGCCUUUUCUUCUUCCUUUGUCAGUUUUUGUUUAUACCUUUAAUUACUCCGUUUUUUUGCUCCUCCCCUGUUUCCUUCUAUAGAGUAGAUUGAUUAUCAGAAGAGUAAAGUUCAGUCGUGGUGUUUAAAACUCAAAAUAUUGUUGGAACUCACUUAAUGUCAGUAGUCAUAAGAAUUAAUCAGAUUCGAAACUGGCUCUCGUAGGAUACAGUACUUUUUUCUAAUAACUUUAUAUGUUGACUAAAAUAACUUGCGGCCCAUUUAAUGUAUCCAUAGUGAGUUUAGAGGCUGAGUGCAUCACUGUUGUAGAUUUACUCAUCAAAUUCAUACUGAACAAGCCCCAGAGUAGCUGGUACUUUUAUGGCUCUCUGUUGACGAGAACACGGUGCUGUGUGUCAGCAGAGAGAGUUACGUGGCAAAGCAGAGAGUUUGCAAAGUGACUUGUUACAGAGGCAGCACUCACACACACACUCGACGAGCUGGCAGUGUGUGUGUGUGUUCUAGAGAUCCAUAAUCUACUGAGUAAGGGCAUUGAUUUUGAGCACAAGGAUUUUAAUAGAAAAAGGACUUGAUAUUCCAUUAUCUGAGCAUCUAUCUCUAUUCUCUUUCUUUCUACUCUGUGUCUCACACAACACACACACACACACAUCUAUAUAUACUGGCUGCAAAGAAUGCAAGAGAGUUUGAAACAAAAAAUGCACCUUUGAACGGUGAACGCUGCCCCUCUUUUGGUAACCCUAACAGGUUUGGUGUGUGAGUUAUAUGCACAAUAUCAGGUUGCAAUAUUAUACUUCUGUACAAAGAAAUUUUUGUUUUAAAAGUUAGAAACUGAUUUCAUUUGUUUGAUUUGAAUGGUAUUAAGUGUUGAAAUCAUUUCAAUAAUAUUGUGGAUUUUAUUCUGCUUCUUUAAAAAAAGACUGGCAUGUUUUAAACUCUUGUGUGAUUUUAUUUUCCUCUGGUGUGUCGUCGGUUGGUUGGGACCCCACUGUACAGUCCUCACACUGUUGGGUUAUCAGACCAGUUACAUGUAACUAAGCCCAUACAGUAGCUGGGUCUUUCAUGUGAAUCACACUCAGUGAAUAAUGAUAGUCCAGCCUGGUGGUUAAUACAAACCUCCUCCCACCCACAUAGUUCUCUACCACUACAACCCUGUGCUGUUUCACCUCUGAGUCUGAGCGAGUGUGUGUGUUUUGCACUGUGCAGGUAUUUAUAAAAGGCAAAGGAUGAUGUGUGUAUUUGGAGUUUGUGUGUGUGUGUGUGUGUGUGUGUGUGUGUGUACUUUUCAGUACUCUCUACCCUUCAUCCCACACAUUUGACCUGGCUCUUACUCAUAUAACACCAACAGUCACAUACACACACACACACACACACACACACACGUUGUGUCUGCACUGUUGUGGGUAGGAGAGCUUGUAGAGUGAGUUUUAUUAGUAUGUCCACCAUCACAGAUAUUUUUACACCAACUUUUAUUUUGUUCUUUUGAUUUAUUUAUUUUUUUAAAUUGCAUGAAUUGCUCGUGUUUCUGGUGGUACCUAUUUUGCUGCAACACCUAUGUUCUCCCUGAGUUAGAUCCACUGGGCUACAUGUACCAAUGUUCCUCUCCACCCUGGUUAGUGCACCACUUCUCACCAGAGCCCUAGAUGGUUGUGCUCCCUGGGUCCUGCACAACGCAAGCUGCCAUCAAGGAAGAUGUUCCCAGUCUCAGCACAGUUCUUAGCUUGGGCCAGGUGUACACACAUAUACAUACAUAAAGCACUAGGGGGAGAUGUGCAUUGGUGUGUAUUCCUCUGGGUCUGCCUGUUGUGUAUUUCACUUGUGUAUAAGUUCAGGGGUUUCUAAGCUACUAGUUGUUGUAAAUACUACCUUGUCACUCAGUACCUCUGUACAAUCUGUAAAUAAGUAAAGGUUACAUUUUUAUACUUCUCUUGUUGAUUAAUCUUUUUAUCUAUUUAUCUAACUAUGCUUUAUAGAUUAGAACUAUGUCAUAAGAAAGGACAAUUUUAGCUACAUUCACAUUACCCGCUGAAGUGACCCAAAUCAGUUUUUUUUUAAUUCUCUCAAAGUGACUCAGAUCUGAUCUGAACAAAUCAAAUCAAAUUUUUUCAAAUCAGACCAAAUGUGGUCUAAGAUCUGAUUCAUGUGCGAUCUCUGACUAUGCAAGCCCUGUCAGAACAAUCAGAUCGAAAUUUAUGUGGGUUUUUUUAAUGUCUCACUGCUCUGUGCAUGUGCAUAUCGCCCAUCAUCGGCAUUCAGUGUCGGCCCCUCACUGACUGGGACAAGUAAACAGAGGAGAGUAACAACAGUGACAGGGGUCAGUGGCGAGACAACAUUUCACAUUUGUUGGACAUUUAGAGAGAACUGACUGAUCAAGCCAAACUAGAAGGAACAUGUUGUAGCCAAGCUGAUUUUAAGGAAAUGCGCUAUUUGACUGACACAUUGUUAUUCUUAUAGUCAUGUGAUUCACAUUUCAGUGAAAUGUUUUAGCAUUAGGUUGACAUCUUUGUUUUACAGUGAAAUAUUUCAACUUUUGAAUGACUUUGAAUUCAUGUAGCCUAUCAUUCAGGAGGAAUUGCAAUAACUUUAACCUUUUAAUUUAUCCAAAACAUUGAUUUGUUUCCAGGCUCCUGCAAAACUAAACUGUACUUGGUGUUUAUUCAUACUCGGCAAAUAUUAGUAUGCUAAAGUAACUAAGAUGGUGAUCCUUAUCACUGUGAGCAUAUUAGCAUUCUGAAGUUAGCUUUGAGUUUAAACAACUAAACCUACUAAAUUUCUUAAAGUUUAGCCUCACAGAUGUAACGGUGUGGUUGCAGACUCUUAAGCUUGUUCAGAAAGAAACUUUUGAAAAUGUCCUUUGUUAUUCAAGUGCUAGCUGAAAAAAAGUAAACAGCCAUAGAUAUAUUUCACAACUUAAAAGUUCUUAUUACUGAUCUAUAAAGCCACUGAAUACAAGCUCUAUGUUAAAGUAAGCUUUAUUAGAUAGUGUUUAGCUAGCUAAUUCGCUGUCUAUCCAGCUACCUACUGCCAUUUGUGAGAUUCUGCUGCUAAAGGGCUCUCUCUGCCCCACUCUCCACAGGCUUUCAUAAUGUAAUCUUAGCAUAAGCAUGUGUUUGUGUCACUGUGUGUAGUGUGUACUGUAUACAUACUGUACUGUAUGUGUGUGUGUGUGUUUACAUCAGUGUUCUGGUUUUAAAACAAAGCUUUAUUUUUAUAUUUUAGUCUCCCUAGAGAGACAGACACUCUAAUCUGGGCUGAAGUGGGACAGGAGAGGGGAGCACAUACACAAACACUUGCUCUCUCUCUCUCUCUCUCUCUCUCUCAGAAACUCACUUAUGGAUGCUGAAAAACAACAUACUGAGGCUGGAGGAUCUGUCAAAAGCCACAGACCAGCUGCAGCCAGUGGAAAAGGGGGGUCCCACUGCAGCCAUCCAGACAUUUCUUUGAAAUGUCUCGUGCAGAAAACAUCACAAAACACACUACAGAUAGUCUACAAUGCCUUAAAAGCCUGUUUGUGAACAGUAUGUGAGUACAUGCAUAUGUAUGUGUGUGUUUAACUAUGUUGCUUCCCUUGAGACAGGGUGCGAAGACCACAGUGGCCUAAUUCUUCCUGAUGUGAUCCAUAUGCUAGUAAUGGGCAGAGUAACAAAACACACUCAGACACAAGCCUCUGCCUCUUAUUUAAUUAACAGAAUUGAGCUGUCCCAUAUAUCAGCCUGUAAUGCAAUUACUGUAACACACAGGAGUGGCAUACGUGUUUCUUGCAGUAACACACAACACACUCAUACAUGCAUGUGCAUAUUCCUGCAGAUACACAGAUAUAAUCCUAGGGCUACACACACACACAGACACACACACAUACAAGACUGGGCGUUCUACAACUGUAGGGGCGUGAGAUGAAGCAAAUAAAUGAAGAUAAUUAAUUUCCUGGAUUAAGAACAUCUCCAUUUGCUCUGGAGAGGAGUCAGAAGGAAAACAAGAGGCAUAAGUCAGAGGGAAAAAUAAGACAUGGAGCAAAGGAUGAUGGAGGACGAUGAGGGUGAUAGCACUGACUUGACAGGCUCACUGUAGGCUGUUAGCUCUUCCCAAGACUCCAAACAUCCUCAUUAACAAGAAGUCAGCCUACACACAAAUUAAGUGUGUAUGUGUGUGUUUGCAUGCAUGCUUGUGUUCUUAAACUGUUGUGAUUGUAUGUGUGUGAGAGAGAGACAGAAGGGGGGUGGGGGAGCAGCGUGUCAACCUACACACCAAACAAACCCAUGAAAAUUCAUAAGGACCUGGCAACGCCUACUCACAAAUACUAAAAAUACUGGAGUGAGUUGAGCCUAGUCAGAAGAGAGGAAAGGAGAGGAAGAAGAGUGAGAGAGAAGAUGAAUCGAAAGAAUUGAGAGUGCAGCAGUAGCAGAGGAGGAGGGAGAGAAGACGAGAUAGGUGUAACAUAAACCAGGGGAGAGUAGAGCAGAAAAGAGUAGAGAAGUAAUAGUUACAUCAACUGCAUCCAACUUGGAACAUCUAUUCUCAGCCUCCAGUGGUUUGCACUUGCUGUGUAAAAGUGUGUGUGUGUGUGUUUUGGUGUGAAAUUUGGUGUGUUUUCCUUUUUUUUUUAGGAGAUCACAGGCUUAAGGAAAAUGAAAUGUUUCACUUUCUCUCAACAUGUUGACAUUCAGGCCUCUAUGUGUGUAUGUGGACCUCUAUGUGAGUGAUGGGGGGGGGGAUUGGCAGCAUUUAACUGUCAAAGUUAUCCACCUGCCAGGGACGAAGGACGGGCUCAUUUUGCCCUAAGAACUGACAUAUAUUCAAGAACGACAUUUUGUUUUGGGUGUCUGAUUCAGGGCAAAACAACUCAUUUCACAGCUGUGAUGGUGGACUUUCCGCAGGCUAAU